AUGUUGCUCAGUUUUGCUAUAGUUGUUGCUAUCAUCGUUGUAGGGUAUUUUACAGUUUUACAUUUUUGGUCCAUUCCAAAUCAUUCCUCAGUAAUAAAUAACAUCCCACCUGUUGCAUCUAAUUUCAAAUGGGAAACACAACAACCAUUACCAAUCAGACCAUUUGUAAACAAAAAGAACUUCAACCCAAGUAUGGCCAUUAAAAAUAUUUCCGAUUCUCCCCAAGAUUGGUUACUUAUUGAAAAUACUUAUUACAACAAUGUCAAACAAAGACAAAAACAUAUUGAAUUAGAACCUGAUAUUUUAACAUUUAUUCAUAACAAUGAUCAAACCAAACAAGCCGUUAGCGAAUUUUAUGAUAUGGUUACUCAAUUCAUAUUACUGCGUUACCCAAUGUAUUUCAAAUAUGAUUUUUGGUCAGGCAUAAUUACUAAUACCAUCACCGAUGAUAAAUUUCCCAAAUAUUCGAAAUCAUUAAUACCUAAUUAUCAAUCCAUGGUAGAAAUCCUUGGUCGUAACAUUGAAGAAGAUUUUUUAAUUUUAAUUAAAAAUAACCCUCAAAACAAAGAAGAAGAAUAUAUUAUGCGAGCAUCAAUGAAUGGAUUCCCAGCAGGAUUUGAUCCAAGAGUUAAUUUCAAUCAACCAAUAUCAUUUAUUCAUCAACCAGUACCACAAUAUAAAUCAAAAUUACAAUUCUCCAUGUCGAAAUUUUUCAAUAAUUUACAUCCAAAUAAAUUAUGGGUAAGACAUAAUUGGGGGGUUCAAACCCAUAAUCUGUAUUUUAAUAUGGAUACUAAUCAUGGUCGUCCUGGUGAAAGAAUCCAUCAAUUAUCAAUGAAUGAAAUUGAUUUUGAUAAUGAUGGAUGUUGUUUACGAUGUGAACGACAACUUUUCACUCGAAUGCCACAAUCUGGAGCAAUAAUAAUGACUAUUAGAACGUAUUUGACACCAAUGAAACAGAUAAAACAAGAAGGUUUAGGUCAAGAGUUGAGUAGAGCCAUAGAUGGAUUACCUGAUGAUUUAGCAUUUUAUAAAAAAAGAAGUGCUUGGGGUGAAGCAGUUAAAGAAUAUUUAUCAAUAUAG